CUCAAACAUUGUAAGCCGCACGUACAAUGUAAUUUACGCAGGAAGUGCGCGUUUUGUACUAAAGAGAAUAAUUCAAACACAUGUAUAAGGGACAGACCUUUCGCUCGAAAUGUUGUGUAAAGGCACAUGUGCAAUUGUAGCAAGUGACAUGAAGGUAGCAACUAACACAGCAAAGAAAGAAAGCCAGAGUGUGAAAGUUGGUGCUUUUGUUCUCGUUGAGAUAUCAUCUAAACAAAGCAAGCAAACUAUUGUUGCAAAGGUAAUGGAGAUAGAUGGGGAUGAGGUGCAACUGUUCCUUAUGGCAAGUGAUACAAACUGUAUAUACAGAUUGCCAGAAAGAGAAUAUGUUUCAUGGGAGAGCAUAUCAAACAUAAGAAAAGUUCUUCCUCAGCCUCGACUGUCUAAAAGUAGUACAAAAGAUAGGCUGUGCUAGGAGUUUGUUGCAUGAAUUAAUUGUGUGACUCACAGCCGAUUCAGCUACAGUCAUGAAAAGUGUCCCAUCCGUAGACAAUUGUUUUUUGCUUUAGAUUUUCCGUUUCUUUGGUUUUUCUUUAUGUCUGGAGAAACAAGAAGUUUCCAACUUGUAUCUGUUUUUCUUUCAACAUAAAAGAUAAAGAAUCAACAUUUUUCAUUACUUUAAUUCUUAGAAUGUCUGUUUAACUGUGAGUACCGUCAAAAAAUAUGUUUUUCUUGUUUGAUAAAUGUAUUUUAUUUUUUGUAUAGCAAAUGUAAAAUUAUUAUGGCAUGACCUUUAAGUGCUCUUGUAGUUAAGUAUGGAAUAAUAAUCUAAGCCAUUUGUGUCAAUAAUUGCACAUGUGGUCUAUUGUGUCAAAUCCGUAGACGGUCAUUAUAUGUCUAAUCAUAUAACUACUUUAACAUGUACAAUAGUUUAUUAUUAAUAAGGAAUAAAAUAGUUAUUAAAACUUAUUAUACUGGAUAAUAAAUGUCAUGCUGUAUUAUUUUCAUAAACCGAAUGUUAUAAAUAUACAGGAGAAGUGUAGACAUUUUAGACUAGUUUACAAGAAGUAUGAAAGCAAAACAUGUCUUUGUAAAGAAAGCUACAAAAAUAAAUGUUUAUACUGUCAUUUCAACUUUAAUUAUGCUGCAUUUCUAGAGAUUAUUCGUAUUGAAAAUGUCAUUUAAUUAUGCAAGGUUAUAAUUACACUUUUUGUCCCAUCCGUAGAAGGUUUUUUUCGAUAUUUUGUUAUGAAGUUAAUGACAAACAUGUUAAACAUUGUUUCAAAACCUUUUCAUUUUCUGUUAUA